CUUCGAUUUACAGAAUGUUAAUUAAAAACGGGUUAUUUAAAAUCAAAAUAAUCAAAUAAACACAGAAAAAAAAUGGAGUUUCAAUGUAUAAUUGUACAUAAUACAUCACUUUUUUCACCAGAAAUAAAUUUCACCCCAGUUGUUUCAUGGCAGCGUCAUGUUUUGUGACUGCAUUGACUGUUUAACGGCAGUGCGCGUUUCUGACCACAGAUGGCGCUGUUGAGUAUAUAUUUUGUUUCAGUCCCGUUUCCCUCCAUGGUUUCUCCUCUCCCCGUGUAACUUGGCGUUUGGCUCAGUUCAUUAUACAGUCCCAUAUUCUCCCUCCAUUAGGGCAUCUCUCUGCCUUUGGACUGAAUAUAAAUUACACCGACACCCAAGAGAGAAAAGUUCAACUUUCGUAGGGCAAGAUGGACAUGAAAAAGAGGAUCCACUUGGAGCUAAGAAACAGGACACCAUCUGAUGUAAGUCGUGCCUUUAAAACCAAACCUUUAGUUUUCUGGCUAGCUUGCUACUUUUUUGCUUUCCAAGUGACCUGUGUAGCUAAUGGUGACCACAUGGGCUUAAUGUUUCUCAUUUAUUAAUAGAGCGGAAAAUACUUAACUGUAACCAGCUACAUUAUACUGUCCCCGUUGGGGCGUGUAGAGGCAACAAGACAAGAAAAGCUAUAUUCAAUCGUUACUUUCGAAAGCCGAUUAUUUUAGCUUUCUGGCAUUAUUGCAGUUUUAACCGUUUCGCAGCCUCCCAGUAGAUGUUGCACACACACGGUUCGAAUGCAACGUUGUCUCAAUUAUUUGUUAACUUAUACAUCUGUUGUAGGUGACAUGUUUUUCCACGAUGCGUUAAUCAUAGACGGAAUGGUUUAUUUUAUAUAGACCUUGGUAGCCAUGUUUUGUUGCUAGCAUAAAGCUAAAGUGGGGUGCCCUUUAUUACAAUACACUUUUAAAUCCACACCAAUAAUCCAAAAUUGAGUUUACAGCAUGCUCCUACUUUUGUGAUAUCAUUAAUGAGAUCACGGGUGGAUUCUUUUCGACAUUUUCCCCUGAUUGGGUAGGGACCCAGAUUAGCUAGCUAGCAAACAAAAUUAGUCACUAGUUCUCACGAGUCAUCCACAUCUUGUAGGCUACAACAACUACUAUACCGCCUUUUCGCUAACAAUAAUGUAACGUUUUUAUAUUACUAAUUUACUAACAAUCAACUGAAGUUGUUGAAGGGGAAUAGCCAGCUACUAUGUCGGAUGAUCUACUCGCCUAGCUUCACAUCCCGUCAAAUGUUACAUUAUUCGAUUUGAGAUUCAUAAACUAAAUUUAAUUUCCCGCAAAUUGAAGCUGAUUGUUACAAUGUUUCUAAUUCGAAUCAUUCAAGCAGCGUUCAGCGAAUGUUUGGUUCCCGCCAUAUUAUUCCCGCAACUACCACGAAAGAAAACGAAAUACCUAUUGAAUCUGGCUAACCUCCACGUUCAGAUUCGGUAUUUUGUAUAUCAUGUUAAUAAUUUGUCAUUUAAUGCUUAGGCUACUGACAAUCUCCGAAUAACGUGUUGGUCGCCGGCUCGUACAAUAGCCUGCCUGAAUGACACGAGACCGAGGAAACUGCGUUCGGUGCGUGGGUUGCUAAAACUCGACGUUGACGCUCACUGGUUUUCAUGCAAACAUUGAUAAUAAAAGUAUUCUACAUUGGAAGUUAAUUUUAAGGGAUAUUUUUACGUAAUUACUGCUUGUAAACAGCCAUCCCUCUUCGGAGAGUUUAGAGAACUCUGCAUACUGUAUCUCAGGAAUCGCCAUGUUGUCAUUCUGCCGUCUUUGAAGCUCAGGCGAAAUGAACUCCAUCUUUGUUUGACUAAUUUCCGUUCUGAAUAUUUCCUUCGACGUUGUUUACGAAACGCUGAUAUAAUGUAACAAACUGGCCUAUCGGUCGUUCGCUCGACGGCAAGGCAAUCCAUUUCCCCAAUAAAUUCGAUUUGAAAAUAAAAAGUGUAUCUUUACAGAGUAUAUUCGCAAUCCUUUCCAUUGCUGUAGGGUAGGUAAUGGCGGUCAGUCAGGCUUCUCUUGCAGGUACUCAACUGCACGGCAGCGCUUAAAAGGGCAAUGGCUAGCCUGUAGCGAGCUUGCUAACAAAAAGCAUUGCAUGUAUCUUUAGUGACUGCAUCAGCGGGCCAAGUGAAGGUAGAACUGUAUUGUGUGGUUCUUCCUCGUGGCAGCUGGUUCAAAGAAACAACCGCGGUGCUUCGACAUAAAACAUCAUGCAACCAAAUACCUUUAUUGAUGGCUCGACUCGACAGCUUUAUCAAUGUUUAAUUUUGCCAGUGUUCAAAUCAUGAUCUUUUGACGGUCAACAUUAACUUUCUUCGAGUUUUUGGUUGUGUAACGACUGUCCCUGACUAUUACAAGUGAACUCUUUAAACGAUGAAAUGUAACAUUUUGUAGGAAGGAACUGAGAAGUUGCAAGUAUUCAUACUAAAGUCAGGAAUAACGUGAGUGGAAUAACAACCACUCCUAUCAUUGAGGUCCAUAUUUUGUAUAUUGACCUUUUUUCAUCAUGAAGUUCAUAUUCAAGCUUAGUUUUUUAUUUGAUUCCUUAACAAAGUAUUGAUAUUGAUUACUGUUGCCAACAUAUGUGGCCAUUCUAAACAGGUUUCCCACACCAUUUUUUGCAUAUGCGUAAAAUAAAGCUUUUAUAACAUGGGUGUAUUCUCAAUGUUUAGUGUUUGUAGUGCAUCUGUAAACAAUGCAUGCAUGUUCUUUGAUUUACAUAGAUGACAAUUUUACACAUUUUAUCUUUUUUAUUCGUAUAGGUACGAGAACUUGUCCUGGACAACUGCAGAUCAAAUGAAGGGAAAAUCGAAGGCCUCACAGCAGAAUUCAUCAAUCUGGAAUUCCUCAGUUUGAUAAACGUUGGCUUAAUCUCAGUCUCCAACCUUCCCAAACUUGGGAAACUCAAAAAGGUAAAGUUUGACUUUAUGAUAAUAAUACUUUUUUACACAAGCUUACUUAAAUUUACAGUAAAAAAAACAAUGUUUUAAGACAUUUGUGUUGACUCUUAAAAAAAAAAAACGUCAAUUCUUGCUGGGGGGGGGUGGGUAUAGAAAGAGACAUUCGUUGGUCCCUAAUGGCACCCUAUUCUCUAUAUAGUGCACUACCUUUGAGAGCCCUAGUCUAAAGUAUUUUUUUGACACAAGCUUACACUUACAUUUACAGUAAUAAAAUGUAGACAUUUGUGUUGUUGGGGGGUAGAAAAAGCCAUUGACUACGUCCCUAAUGGCACUCAUAUAGUGCACUACCUUUGAGAGCCCUGGUCUAAAGUAGUGCACUAUGUAAUGUAAGGAAUAGGGUUCCAUUUGGGACAUAAUCAUUGUUUUCUGAAAGACUGUUACUUGCUUGGGAGUUUUUUAGACAGAAGUGACUGAUAUAUCUUCACAUUAUGUUGCAGUUGGAACUCAGUGACAACAGAAUCUCUGGUGGCCUUGACGUGCUAGCAGAGAAACUCCCCAACCUCACACAUCUAAAUCUAAGCGGGAACAAACUGAAAGACAUCAGCACGUUGGAACCUUUGGUAGGUACACCAAACUCCCGGUAGAGCACAAUACAGUGUGACACCAUCUCAUUGUCUCAGGCUAUGCCUCAAAUGACACUAUUCCCCAUAUAGAGUUCUGACCACAGACUUAUUUGGCAAUCGGAUUUGUUUCAGACUUAUUUCUGGUUUUGUUUCCCAAUGUGGCUCUAGUCAAAAUUAGUUUGCUAGCCUAUAUGGGGGAAACGGUGUGCUCUAAAAUCUAAUUAGAGAUUUAUUCAGGCAGUGUUCUUCACCCCCUAAUUAACCUACACACAUUUGGUCCCACAGAAAAAGCUGGACAGCCUGAAGUCUCUGGACCUAUUCAACUGUGAGGUGACCAACCUGAACGACUACAGGGAGAGUGUGUUCAAGCUGCUCCCUCAACUCACCUACCUGGAUGGGUACGACAUGGAGGACCAUGAGGCAUCCGACUCGGACGGAGAGGUGGACGGUGUGGACGAUGACGACGAUGAGGGUGGGCAGCCAUUUUGUUUUUUUGUGUUUUGAUGGAGUAUGAGGAAAUACAGAUGUGAGUUGAGAAUGGGGGUCUUCGAUUCCCGGGACAACCCAUACAUACAAUGUAUGCUCGCUUGACUAAGGCGCUUUGAAUAAAAGUGUCUGCUAAAUGGCAUUAUUAUAUAUUAGAAUCCAUAUUAAUACAUUGUGGGUGUUUUGUCAUGCAAGUGAAUUCUAUUGUGUAUUUGUAGGUUUUGUCGGCAUGUAUCUGUGUGAUGACUGACAAUGGAUGUGAUGUAUUUGUUUUUUUAGAAGGAGAGGAGGAUGAGGAGGGAGAGGAGGAAGACUUUGACGAGGAGGAUGACGAUGACGAAGAGGAGGGAGUAGAAGCAGAGGAGGAGGAUGAGGUCAGCGGCGAUGAAGAGGUAAAGCCCUUUUUGGUUUGUUUGUGACUCAAUAGUUUAAAAGAUCAACCGUGGGGAUAUGGUUUGAGAGCUCUGUGGAUUCUGACCUGCUCUGUCCCUUCUCUCCAGGAGGAAGACCUUGGCAUUGAUGGUGAAGUUGAAGAUGAGGAUGAUGAUGAUGACGACGAUGAAGAGGGUAUGUCAUUCUCAUACUUUUUGUCACAAGCUCAUGUCCAAACCUCAUGUUAAAAAGUUUCACUUGACUAAGUAUAGUGUAAUAACCCUUUCCCAUUUCCUCCAGAAGUUGAGGCUGUCAAAGGCGAGAAGAGAAAGCGAGAACCUGACGAUGAAGAUGACGACGAUGAUGAUGACGAGGACGACGAUUAAGAGCAAAAAACAAGAGCCUAUCAAGUUACCAACCCUUUCCCUCUCCGCCCUUACACCCUGCCUACUCCACGUCUCUCCCCCAGCUUUGAGCCCCCGUGUGGGGAAAGACUGUACCGGACGGGUGGUCCGAGUGGAGCUGCCUGUGCCCCAUGGAACCGAGAGCCAUUCCCAAGGUUCUCAAGCAGCGCACCACUCCGCAUUCCACAAUUUCACUGUCAACUCCCUCUUUAUGUAUACCUGUGUGAGGACUUUGGGACUGGUAUCUAGUUUUGGGUCUGUGCUUUUAAUAUUUUGUUGGAUGAACUCUGAAUUUAUAUUUUUUGUUGUUGGGUUUAUUAUUUCUUCCCCCUCUUCUUUUUGUCUUUGUUUUAUUUUCCGUUCCUUAUUCCCCCCCCCCCCCCCCCCCCAAUAAAAUUAUUGCUAUAGCAACUGUGUGAUGAGCGAGCUAUGAUUUUGUGGCCGCCUGUUGCACAAAUCAAGGUUGUAGCUACAUUUUUACUUUCUGUAUGACAAAACUACUUUGUAAAUAAAAUGUAAAAUUUUGCGCGUUGCUCUCCUCCUGCCAUCCUUUUCUCUAGUCACAUCUAAAGUUGAUGACUUGAAUGUAUCUGAUGGGUUAAGUGCAAGUUGUCUGUAUCACCCCCUGCUGAGUGCAAUAGGUUGCCUCAGUGGGAAAAGUAUAACACUCAUCGAUCACAUAGAAUAUUCAUUCGCCAAAGGCCUCAGAAUGGAUACUUCAAAGUCACUCUACAAGAUGACAUGUUGCACCUCAUCAUUUUAUUAUUUUGAAUGGGAGGGAAGGGGAAAAAUACAGAAAUAGGAAGACAUUAAAUCCUCUUUAACCCCAGAGCUGCCAUGUGUUGGCACUUCUCUUUGUAUGUUUGACUUCGAGAGUUGCGGAAGAGGUUAUUGGUUAAAUUCUAAUUUAUUUUGCUUUUGACUACUCCUCGUAGAGAUCGAGGACUCUAGUGCCCAAAAGCCUGUUUUAGCAUGGGCAGCACCACUGAGGACUUUCACCAUUUUGAAGUAGUCAACUGGGUGGGACUUCCUAUGGCUUAAGGAUGGAUCACAUAAUUCCAUCCAGGUCGCCAGGAGGAAUCAGCCAUUGAAUUAUACUUGUGAGCAAACGUUCCAUAACUGCAAAUGGUAGUAAAUCGCCAACCUUGGCUUUAUACCUGUUCAAACACACUCCAAGGUGGCAGUUUUCCCCCUUUUCAGUUUGUGCCAACUCAUAGAAGUAGAAGAAAAUGGACUACUUUAAAUGGAGAUGGCCUCAAUGGCGCUGCCAGUGUUCUCACAGAAGCCAUAAUGGGGCAGAUACAAUGUUGCGACAUUAAGUCGAUGGUGCUUCUACAACUGUCAAAUGUCAAAGCACCAAAGAGUGGGUUGAGUGUGAAGGGUUUAUGUCCUUGCCUUGCAUUGGAGAGGUACUGGCCUUUUCUCAAUUGGAUUUGCUCAACUCCUGCAUCCUCUCAUUUCUCUCUGGCCUCCUUUUGAAAAAGGUCUAAAGGUAAUCGAGGAGAAGUGAGGGAAAGUGGACGAAAAUGCGCUUGUAUGUAAUGAGACUCCUCCAAUCGCGCGUCUUCAGGCAAAUUAUGUUUACAGGGUUGAAUCCCCAAAUAAAUGUAUAAAGUGAUCUAAACAAAUGUUGCUAGUUGUGCAAUACAUUUUAUAGAUCAAAGGAUAAGUAGCAUAUCAUUAAAAAAUGUUUGCAUGCUUUUAUACUUCCAAGAAAACGAUAGCUGAUUGUGGCAGAUGUCAAAGGGGGUAUGGCAGAUACACUUGUUCUUCUUCGCCAAAAGGAGGCUAUCGAGGAGGGGAGGACCUUCUUGUGUUUGCCUACUAACGAAUAGACACUCUUCGACCACUUAUCGGUUUCCUGGUCACGGAGGAGAAUGGGCCGGCAGAGGACAGACUUUUUCCAAAUGAGAAAAGGCCAAUGUGUUCAACUCUUACCUCUUGCACUUCAUGUGUUCCCACAAUUCUCGAUAUGAACUAUGCAGAGAAGUGUCUAAGUAGUCAAGGAGGCAGUGGUUCUGGGGUUUAAUCCCUGCCUUGCAUCCAUAUGGUUGUGGGUUCAAAUCUUACCUCUUGUGCUUUGUGUAUGCUUCCACAGUUCUCAAUGUCAAAUAUACAAAGAGAAGUGUGAAGGAGUCUGUAGUUAAUUUGAUCUUGGGUUUUCGACAAUAUGGCUUUUAAAGGCGGAGAUCGCAUUCACAGUAAACACUGCACAUGUCGACUCAAUCGGAAACCGCGAGCAGAUUCAUGCUGCGUUCAAAACAAAGUGGGAAGGUGGAAAAAAUCCACUUGAACGCCUCUCCAAAUCGUAAUUACUAAAGGGAAACUCAUCUCUGAGCUCAGACUUCUCCCACGUGCUGACCUCUGACAUUACCUACUAAGGAAAUGACCUCAAUAACAGCAUUUUCGGCAGUUAAAUGUUACAAAACAUAAUUUAUAAAAAGCAAUCUAUUAAUAUGGUUUUUGAACACUAUAAUUAGUUUACAAACGUAGCUCAGCUGGUAGAGCACGGCGCUUGUAACGCUAAGGUAGUGGGUUCGAUCCCCGGGACCACCCAUACACACAAAAAAAAUGUAUGCACGCAUGACUGUAAGUCGCUUUGGAUAAAAGCGUCUGCUAUUAUUAUUAUUAUUACUUUCGGUUUAUGCUUGACAACAAAUGUGUAAUAAAUGUGAAGAAGUUGGUGGCUGUGCAGUUGAGUACUUGCCUUAUGGUGUCUGUGACAGCAUGGGCAGCGCCAUUGAGGCUAUCUCCAUUAUAAAGUAGUACAUUUUCUUAUUCUUCAUUGGCUGAUUGCUCCCAACUCAUAGGAAUCCCCACCCAGUUGACUACUUUAAAAUGGUGGAAGUCCUCAAUGGCAAUGUCCAUGUUAAAACAGGUGUUAUUUGUAACCCGGAGUUAAUCCCUGUUGCUGCCUUAGCCAAUCAGAGGAAUAGUAGGGGAAAUGAACAAAUGACAAUAGCCGGGGGGCAGAGAGAUUUGUAUAGUGAGUACCAUAUGUCAAAGUAGUUUAGGGUGAUACCGACCCUAGAUACCAGGAAAUACUAGGGUUUCCUCUGAGUCUCGUGAAGAAACGUCAUCUGACUAACUAGCAAAGCUAUCACUCUGUUUCCCACCACUGCACUGAAUACGGACUUCUCUCGCCUGCAUUGGGACUCCCGCUCCAGAAGCCACACACACACAAACACACACAAACACGAAGUACAGGCAUGCAACGUAGUAAGAGUUUUUACAUUACAGAGCUCUGGUAGUUAAGGGGUACCCGGUUAUUUAAAGGUUGCAACCGUUUACUGACUGUUAUUAAAUGUGUAUGUUUUUACAGGUAUGGUGA